ACCGUACCCCCCCUAUGCUGACGCGCCAGUUACCAGCUUACCGUGCAGCGACCAUGCCUGUCUGUAGCUGCAUAUUUUUUUGAAAUUCUUUGAAUUGGACGCAUUCUUUUGAAAUUAUGAUAUGACUUAUGAAGAAUGAGUGAUCAGAUCCCAUCUCUUCCUGCGGCUCUCCUGGCGGGAGGGGUGACAGGAACUAUCGUAGACUGUACCCUCCAUCCCAUCGACACUAUCAAGACCAGACUACAGACUCCUGGUGGCUUGUGGAAGGCAGGUGGGUUCCGAGGUUCUUUCGCAGGUAUCUUGCCUGUUCUCAUAGUCACGGCUCCCAACUCGGCCAUAUUCUUUGGCACCUACGAGACUGCAAAGGCACUUGGUGAGGCGCAUCUCCCGGCGAAGUAUGAGCCAUGGAUCAUGAUGUCCGGUGCAACGGCCGGGGAAGUGUCUUCGUUGUUGAUACGGGUUCCUGCGGAAGUCGUCAAACAGCGUGCACAGGCCACUAGGAAACCGAGCCUCGCCAUCCUAGGGGAUGUUCUGAAGCAAGACGGAUACCGUGGCCUUUACAGAGGAUUUGCCAGUACGGUCUUGAGGGACGCACCUUAUGCCUUUGUGCAGUAUCCGCUAUGGGAACUCUGCAAGAGGAUCUGGGCAAGGCAGCAGGGACAUCCGGUGACAGUGUGGCAGUCUGGUAUAUGUGGUGCUAUAGCGGGUGGUUUUGCGGGAAUUGUCACAACACCCUGUGAUGUGGUGAAGACAAGAGUCAUGCUUGGAGGACAAGGAUCUAAGGGCCACAUUGAUCGUAUUCCAGAUGUCUUCAGAACUCUCCUCAGGGAGAAGGGAGUUAGGGGGUUGUUCUAUGGAGUUGUGCCUCGUUUCAUUUGGAUGUCUGUUGGUGGGGCAUACUUUCUUGGGCUCUAUGAAAAGUGCAAAAUUCAAUUUAUGCAGUAUGUGUAAAUUACUAAGUAAUCAGCUAAAAAAAAAACAAAAUUAUGCCUCUACCCCAAAAAGAUGCCAGUGAUGUAAAUGUAUAGGUUCUGUGUUGUCUGUUCAUCCAGAUAGUAAAUACUAGUACUUGUUUUGCGGAUGAAACAGCGAUGCACUUCAAGAAGAUUCCAUUGCUGACUUCAUAUCCUGCAGCUGUGUUCUUUCCCCAGAUCACUUAAAAGAAUCAGAAUCAGGAACAGAUACAUGCAUACUUUUUGCAGAAUCUUUGUGAAAUAUUGACUUUCUCAAGGAACUUUAUUAAUUAACUUAAUACAGUAAUGCUGCAUAUACUUGAGAAUAAUUCUAUUUCAAUCGAUAAAUUGUAACUUAUUAUCAACUCAUCAUGCAACGGAUGUAAUUCUGUACUUGUACAUUCCAGAAUGAGACAAUUUUGAUAAACGAUAAAUUCAGUUCA